AUGCGAUUCACUCGCAAGCUCGUUCGACAGCAGCCCUGGUGGCUGCUCGUCGGCGUGCUCGCCUUCUUCCUGCUCUCCUCCCUCACCACUGCAGCUCCCGCGCAGGCUCUCAUCCGCCGCGCCGACGAGAUUCAGUCAGCUGCUGCUCCACCAGCUGGUGCUCCGCCCGCCAGCUCCCCUCCCGCGCCCGCUGUCGGCGGUGCUGCUCAAGCUGUCGGGCCUUCCGGUCCCGCUCGAUGGAUCGCCGCGGGCAAGAGCAGUAUCGAUCGACUUGGCGAAAGCAUCGCUCGCUUGCGAACGAACGCGGAAGAACAGAUGGCUGCUCUCCGUCAAAAACUUGGCAGCGCAAAGGACGCCACUGUCAAUGCUGCUGAUCGCACGGCUCAGUUCUUCAAGUCUGCAUCCGCUCGAUCGAAGGAUGCCUACGACAAAUUGAAGGAUGCCUUAGCCCGAUCCAAAGAGGCGAUCAAAGACUUCUCCCUCAAGGACACCAUGUCAAGGCUCAUGGGUAAAUGGAGAACUCGUGAUCGUCCAGGUGAGACCCAGAUCGACCCCAACUUUGUCUGGACGGACAGGGAGAUCGAAGCGAACCUGGCGAGAUUCAAGUCGCCCAAGCCUUCGCCCGAGGAGAUCGCAGCUCAUCUCGCCAAGAUGACACCUCGGCAGCGCGCCGGUCUCGGUGCAAUCCAAGAGGGCGUGCAAGUGACUCCCGAGAUGAUCAAAGAAGAAGAAGAGGCGGAUGCGAGACGACAAAAUCAUCAGAAGCUCAUGGCUGAAGCCAUGGGCGAGGCCGAAAACGAGCACAAGCCCUCCCCUUCGGUCGCCUCUGAAGCUGCUGAUCUUGCGGGCAAGGCCAAGCAGACUCUGCAGGAAGGUGCUGGCAGCGUGGAAAAGGUCUUCGACGAGGCUAAGAGCAAGGUGCAUCUGCGCAAGCGCAGCCCUGCACCCGGCUCUGCUUCCGACUGGACUCCAGUCAGCACUCUUCGCUACGAUGGUGCCGGCUACAACUUUGUUCGCAGGGUGGGUGGACAGAUGUACAUCUAUCCCGUGAACCUGCCUGGCAGUGGAGACGGUCCGUACAGGUGGGAGGAUCUGCCGAGCAGCCAUCAAGCGCAGCUGAAAAAGUCGGUCGAGAACCUCAAGAAGGCACAGGCCAACGGAUGGGCCCGAGCAGAGCACCACAUGGGCGUCUCGCCCACUCAGGGCAGUCGUAACGGCUUCUAUAGGCUUCCUGGCUUCGCGCAGGACGACAUUGUCGUCAAGCGCAGAGGAAACGACUUCCGCUUCGAGUAUUUGCAGUCAGGCCUCUUCCGCUCUUCCCGCAAGACUGUGCCUUUCAGCGACCUUCCGGAGCAUCUCAAGCUGUUUGCAUCGAACUACGUGGCGCGACACCCCGACGUGCCUUGGGCUUCUGUGCUGCACCGCCUCAGGAAGCGAGCACCUGCCGGCUCGAGCUCCGGAUGCCAGCAAGUUGAUUCUCUCCCAUACCAAGGAGCCGGCUACAACAUUGUUCGCGGGCGCAACUCUUUGAAGUUCUACUCUAUCCUACCAGGUUCUGACCAUGCGAUCGUAUCCAGAACCUGGGAACAGCUGCAUCGCGCGGAGCAGGAUGAGCUUCGCGCCUCGGUGAGCAAGAUCGACGAGGCGGUCAAGAAUGGUGGACGCGAUGCGGACCAGCAUAUUCGAGUCUCGGAGCAUUUCUGGGAUCCAAGUGGCUUCUAUACCACCAAGGGACGCAGUGCGCACACCAUCUCCGUGCUCAAGAAAGGCAGCAAGUACAAAUUCGAGUAUCUCAAGCCAGGCGUCAUGUGGGACAGCCGUGUGCGAGUGCCGUUCGAAGAUCUGCCGAGCCAUCUCAAGACGUACGUCAGGUCACUUGUGCAAGGUAACCCCGAACUGCCGUGGGCGUCUGUCAUCGGUCGCCUGCGCAAGCGUGCUCCGCCCAACCAAGAGCCUCGCAUCGUCAACUAUCCCGGCGAAACGAUUCGGCUGAUGAAGGCUCGAGAUGGCACGUACGUGUUCCACAUGAUGCCAGCGCGGACGACUCAGACUCCGCAAGUCAGGAGCUGGUCGCGUCUUCCCGAAGACGUCAAGGCUCACAUCCGCCGCAACAUGCGAAACGUCUACGAUGUUGCCCACAGCCGAAUGUCGGUCGCCGAGGCUCGAGCCCGUCAGGUCCGCGUAGCCGAACGCUAUGAGGACUUCAACAACGUCUACGCUCACCCCAGUCGAAAGCCCGAGACGAUCCACAUCAUCCCUGAUAGCACCCACACGUACGUCUUCCAGAGGCAGGUCAACGGCCGUCUCCAGGCGCCCGUGCCCUACAAUCAGCUGCCCGAGAACCUGCAAAGGUACCUAUGGGACGAGGAUAGCAUUCGCAGCGUCAUCUCAUCUCUUGGCGGACACCGCUUCCGCAAGUAG